AUGUUGACAUACACUGCAAAUCUUAGGCUUUUAUCGGACGACCCGGACUAUUUUCAGAUUUUUCCGACAGUUAUUUUUGGGUUUAUACUGGUCGCGUUUCCCUAUCCCUUUUUGAAAGUGGACUCUUUGGAUUCCAUAAUCGAAACAGAAAUAUGUAAUUUAACAUUGGAAGCUCUUCCUUUAACAACACCUUUACCGGGCAAUAAAGUGAAGGCACUCUUUGAGAUGUUAUUGUUAGCCCAGCAAAAACUAAAACUACAAGCGACAGUCGCUGGAUUUUUUAAUCUGACCUGGCCUCUGAUGAUAAAGACCGUGGCACUUAUUGCAUCCAUAACCGUACUGGCCAACGAAUUCAUAUCAAAGGGCUCUGUCGACAUUCACCAAAAGACGAAAACGAAUACCACAUCUUGA